GCGGCAGCAGCAGAAGCAGCGCUGUCAAAUCACAACGGAGGAGAAAAAAAAAAUCCCUCCGAGGACUUUUUCUUUAACUUUUCACCUUUUAACGCGUGGAACUUUUGCGGUGUUCUGCGGGGAACCGGCGCGGGAGCGGGUCAGCGGCGGGAAUAUCAAGAGUUACGACAGUUCACGUGCGUCUUUUACGCAGGAGUUGGAAGAAAAAGUGAAGUAGUUUCAGGCACCGGGAGGAGAAGGAGGAGGAGAAGAAGAAGGAGGAGACGGAGGAUCCCUGCUUCUUUCACUCCUGGUUAUUUUUUUUUAUUGUCGUUUUUACCGUCGAGGGGUUUUUCGGUUCUUCCGUCUGGAGGUAGAGAUCCUGAAGAUCCGGGGCUCGAGCCUCCGUGUCCCUCCUCGCCUGCCGCGAAGCCACCAUGCUGCCGAACACGGCGCUGUACGCGGCCAAGAAGCGAAAGAAGCCAGUUCAGAAAAUCCCCAAACCUCCACCUCCCGAUGGCAUCAAGUCCAACCCGUCCAAACGCCACCGUGACCGGCUCAACGGGGAACUGGACAAGCUCACCAGCCUGCUGCCCUUCCCCGAGGAGGUCAGGGCUCGGCUGGACAAGCUGUCCGUCCUCCGCCUCAGCGUCGGCUACCUGAAGGUCAAGAGCUUCUUCAAUGGUGAGUGUGGAAACAUCUGAAACUCUCACAGGCUGCAUC